AGAGGAGCUCAGAUUGGGGAGUUGAUAGUUUUGUGCUGACGGCUAACAUUAAUAUCAUUACUAUGCAGUCAAGUCACGGCUGGGGAAACUGAGGAGACUUGGUCUGGCUAUGAGUUGCUACAUGACUUGUCAUAUUCCUAACUUUAUUGUUAAAUGAUUAAAACCGCAUAACUUAAUUCACCUUGCCCAGACCGCCCUCCUUUGCUAGCUUAACUAGUUAACUUUGCAAACGAAUCUCUACCGGGAGUGUUAGCUAAGGCUGACUAGCUCAUUCCGCAGCUAACUUAAAAUGACGUGCAGUUAACUUCUCGUACCAUCUCCUGUUAACAGACCAGCGUGUCUUCUCCGUCUUAUGCGUCUUCUGUAAUCGGCUUUAAGCUAUUUCUGACAGCGCUCUGAGGCAAUGAGACGCCUCAAGUGUUUCAAUGGAGCUAUCAGGAAGUACCACUAGCAACCAUACCCUGAACUCAACAGGUGGUGGUUCAUGGGAGAUCAGUGACAAGGCCAAGCUUUGUCGCUUCCUCUGCUAUGGCUCAGAGGGAGACUUGUACAGUACCAGAGAGAAUGGUCGCAUCAGAGUGGAGAACACUGGAGCCCUGCAGUCCAUGCUGGAGGAGAAACGAGGCGCUGAGGUGUUGGAGGAAAUAAAAAGGUUCGCUCAGGAUGGGCGAGCUGUCAGACUAGAGCCCUCCAUUUUUGCCUUGGCUUUGUGCUCCCAAAACCCAGAUGUGAACACCAAACAGGCAGCGUUCAAAGCCCUGAAGGAUGUUUGUCGUGAGCCUGCCCAUCUGUUUUCUUUCAUCAAGUACAAGAAGGAAUUAAAAGAGCACAUGAAAUGUGGGAUAUGGGGGCGUGCCCUGAGGAGAGCACUGUCUGACUGGUACAAUGAGCAAGAUGCCAUGAGUCUAGCUGCUGCAGUGACCAAAUGUAAGCAGAGAGAGGGCUGGUCACACCAGGAUCUGCUCAGACUCUCCCACACUAAACCAGCUAGAGAUGCUAUUGCCUUGAUCAGCAAAUAUGUAACAAAAGGGUGGAAAGAGGUCCAGGUUGCUCAUGAAAACAAAGAGAACGCCGAAGAGGUUAUCAGGGUGCUUUCAUAUCUUGAAGUGGUGGAAAAGGUAAAGCACAGUCGGGAUGAAACUGAGGUCGUCACUUUAAUAGAGGAACACAAGCUUGAGAGGGAACAGCUGCUGACCGAGCAUCUGAAGUAUAAACAGGUAUGGAGCGCUUUGUUGAAGGAAAUGCCUCUCCAUUCGGUGGUAAAGAUGUUAGGUAGGCUGACAGUUCUUGAACUGGGAAGCUCAGACACACAGUUUUUAUGUGACAGAAUUCAAAGUGAGACGGCACUAAAACAGGCAAAGAUCCACCCUUUCAGUAUACUUUUGGCUACAGAAAACUACAAAAAAGGCCAGGGCUAUCAGGGUAAACCGAAAUGGGAAGCAGACCGCAACAUCCUUAAAGCUAUGGACUCUGCCUUUUACAAGAGCUUUAUGAAUGUGGAGCCUGUGGGUAAAUGCUUUGUUGUGGCAGUAGAUAUGAGCGGGUCACCGAACAGCAUUGUCCCAGGAACGUCGAUCAGCACUGCUGCUGCUGCAGCUGCUAUUGCCAUGAUUUUUGCAAGGACGGAGGCUGACACACAUGUGCUUGUCUAUUCUGAAGAGGCUAUGGUACCAUUCUCUAUUUCUGCUGAUAUGACUCUCAAAGAAGCAACCGAUGAACUGGCUAAGAGCACGAGAGAAAGGGGUGCACAGCCAUCAGGUAGUGCCUUUAUGUUGCAGUUUCAGAGUGAGAGCAGAGACUGCAGCGUUCCCAUUCAAUGGGCCACAGAGAACAGGAAAGCUGUAGAUGUGUUCGUCACUUUGAGCAACAACCCACUGUGGAUGCUUACUGCCAGCCCGGUGGAGUCUCUGAAGAAGCACAGAGAAACAUCAGGAGCUAAUUCGAAGCUGGUGAUGUGUGACCUGACUAACAUUGGAAUUUCCAUCGGAGACACAGAAGACCGGGGUUUGCUGACCAUCUCUGGCUUCGACCUUGGAGCUUUUAGUGUCAUUCGUAAUUUGGCCCAAGAUCUGAUCUGAUAAGAUUUCGGGAACUUUUCUUGAGUAAUGUAAUGAGUGUAGAAUAUGAAGGCAAAGAGUGGACCAAUGAGGCUCAUUUAGCAUGUAGAGUGUCCCAAAACAGCACUAAUCCAAAAGAUGCUGACAAUUUCAAUUCCAGUUUUUCUUUGUUUUCUCUUGCUCACCAUUCAGUCGUCAAAGUGUCCAGCGGGCUGGACAACACUUUGGAAAUGUAAAAUGCAUCUAUAUUUUGUGAAAAUUGAAAAGGAAGUGAUUAAGACAUGGUAUGUGUUUGCAUAUUAUGUUUUUAAGAGUCUCUAUAUGAUCAACUGUUCAGUACUUUGGUGGAUUUUGAUGGAUCGUGAUUUAAGUGUGGAGAAAAUGAACCAAUUCAACAUUUGUAGCAAGAGGUUGGCAGGUUAAGGGGAACAAUGCAUGAGUCACAGUUAUAAGGUGUUUGCAACUGUAGGUUUACUUCGGGGGGAUUACCUGCAGUUUUCAAUAUGCAUCUAUGGUAUGAGUUAGCAAGUUUGAUGUAGAGAUACUUAACAUCAAUGAAAGAGAAACCUGAAACAAAGCACACAAAGUCAAUGGUAAAACUUGGAGUUGCUUUUUAUUGUGUUAAUUUCACAGAUUUCUUAGAUCAGAAGUUUUUUUUCAAGUAUUAACAUCUUGGAUUCCUUUUACACAGUCUUUGCUUUAGCUUAGCCACAAGUUUUAGUUGUUCUAACAUUUGUUUGACCCUAAGCCCAGUUUAUUGUUUUAAAGCUGAGUUUUCCGUUUCCUUCUCGUGAGAUUAUACUUUAAAACAAAUGUGGUGACACUUUUUAUAAAGUAAAUUUGGAUUCAGUUUUAACAACACACUAAUGCAAAUG